UUGGGAACCAUUGGAUACGAUCAUACCAAUAUACUGAGAGAAUAGGCUGAAGAGUGAAGAGAGUGUAAAUCAUUGGAAAAUUAAAUUCACGUAGCGUCUGUUCCUGUUCUAUUUCGCCGGAGCAAUGGCGCAGAGUAGUGACGCCGUUUCUUCUCAUCCACUCACGGUGGAAACAACCACCACUCAGAAGAAUCGAUCCACCGGAACCCUAACAUGCCCACCACCGGAGCUUCCAACUCUUCCUUUUGAUGUCCUGCCUGAGAUUCUGUGUAGGCUUCCGGUGAAAUUACUGGUACAGCUUCGAUGCCUUUGUAAGUUUUUCAAUUCUUUAAUUUCUGAUCCUAAAUUCGCAAAAAAGCAUCUUCAAUUGUCAACAAAGCGCCACCACCUCAUGGUAACCUCAAAAAACAACUUGGGUGAGUUGGUUCAUCAUGAUUCCCCAAUACCCUCGCUUUUUUCUACUUCUACCGUUAUUACACAGACCCAACUUUACCCUCCUACUAAUCUCACAAAUGGACAUAAAUUUAUGUUGGUAAGGUGCUAUUGUGAUGGCAUCUUUUGUUGCGUGGUGCUUAAUGGCGUUUCUUUUUUUCUGUGGAACCCUUCCAUUAGAAAGUUUAAGUUAUUGCCUCCUUUGGAAAAUUCACGCGGACAUGUUUUUCAAAUAAGCUUUGGGUAUGAUCAUUUCAUUGAUGAUUAUAAGGUCAUUGGUGUUUCUUCCGAAAAUGAAGUUAGUGUUUAUACUUUGGGGACUGAUUAUUGGACAAGAAUCAAGGACAUCCCAUAUUCUGACCCCAUUUAUGGAAACGGAGUAUUCGUUAGUGGCACUGUUAAUUGGUUAGCAUGUGAUGAUUCAUGUAUUCUUUCUCUUGAUUUAGAGAAGGAGUCAUAUCAACAACUUUUCCUACCUGAUUUUGAGAAUGAGAAUGAUUCGUUGAUCUUAAGUGUGCUGAGGGAUUGCUUGUGUGUUUUUGCAACUAUUGAUAGGAUUUUGAAUGUUUGGAUUAUGAAGGAGUAUGGAAAUCGAGAGUCUUGGACUAAAUUGUAUAGUGUUCCUAACAUGCAAGAUCGGGGUUUAGACGCCUAUGAAGAUCUCGAACCCUAUACUGUUUCAUAUAUUUCUGAGGAUGACCAACUGCUGGUGGGGUUUUUUCAUUUUCAAAGUCGCAUUAGGAAGUUGGUUGUUUAUGAUUCCAAGACUGAUACUUUGAAUAUUCCAGAGUUUCAAAACAACUAUGAACCGGAAUACUCAAAUGUCUACAUUGAGAGUUUGAUAUCACCUUAAGCUGGGAUUCAACUGCGGCAUAUAUAUGGUUGGUUGUGUUUGUUCCUUUCAAUAGAAGGGUUACUCGCUGGCUGGCUGAAUUCCUUAGGUUUGUUUUGUGGUCUGGAGCUUCACUGAAGAUGGCGGUGAAAGGGGGUAAUAGUGUGUUGUGGAAUUCCUGAAUUCAGUUUAACUUUUUCUUGUGGAGUCAGACUAGUUAAGGUGAAAAAACUAUAAUGUUCAAAGUCUAAAUUAGUUGUUUGACUUGUAUGUUUCACUGUGUUAUUCUUGUUAUACCAGAAAAAGUGUUGUACUCAUUACAUGGCAAUGUCGUCUGUUUGAUUCUGAUCAUCUCUACAUGAAGUUUCUAUAAGAAAUUGAAUUGUGAUGACAAUGGUCCUUGAAAAUUAAGUCCGGAGAAGGCUACAUCAUAUCAUAUGAGUAAGAAUUAAUUGGUUUA